CCCCCUUCUGCUUCACCGAACAGGAAUUCUUUAAAAUCACGGUGGUUUAUUUCUGCCUAAACAAUAAUGAUGUCAAUUUUUUCCUCGAUAUUGCAAAAUAUUCCAGUUUUAAAAUAUCUUUUGCCUAGUUCAAGGAAUGAACUGCGGUGCUACAGUAACAUACAGGGUCUGGAAUGUGUUGCCCAGCUCGUGUCAACAGUGGAGGAAACGCCUGAACCUAUAGCACUGAAGGUCAAUGGUCAGAUCCCAAGCUGGGUAAAUGGGAGCUUUCUAAGGAAUGGUCCAGGCAGAUUUGAGUUUGGAAAUGACAGGUAUAAUCACUGGUUUGAUGGAAUGGCAUUGCUGCACAAGUUUCAAAUUCAGGAUGGCAGUGUAACUUAUAUGAGCAAAUUUUUACAGAGUGAUGCUUACAAAUUAAACAGUCAACACAACCGAAUUGUACUUUCAGAAUUUGGUACUCUGGCCAUACCUGAUCCCUGCAAGAAUAUUUUUCAGCGUUUUCUUUCCCGAUUUGCACCACUUGAACCCACAGAUAAUUGCAGUGUGCAUUAUGUUAUAUAUAAGGGAGACUAUUAUGUCAGCACAGAAACUAACUUCAUGCAUAAAUUGGAUCCAAAGAGCCUGGACGCAGAAGUAAAGGUAGACUGGAGCAAAUUUGUUGCAGUAAAUGGAGCCACUGCACACCCUCACUAUGAUGCUAAUGGAAUGGCCUACAACAUGGGCAACUCGUAUGGAAGACAAGGAACUACUUACAACAUUAUUUGUGUGCCACCUCAGAAGGAGAAUGCAAACCACACGCUAGAAGGAUCUCGAAUUGUAUGUUCUAUUCCAUCUAAAGAAAACAUGAAGCCAUCUUAUUACCACAGCUUUGGUAUGACCGAGAAUUUUAUUGUGUUCAUUGAACAACCAAUAAAGUUAAAUUUACUGAAGAUGCUGACAUCAAAAAUUCAAGGAAAGGGACUUUUCGAAGGGAUUACAUGGGAGGCAGGCCAUGAUACAAUUAUUCACGUUGUGGACAAACACACAGGACAGGUUAGCCCUGUUAAGUAUCACACAAAGCCCUUCAGCUUUUUCCACCAGAUCAAUGCAUUUGAGGAUGAAGGCUUUAUUGUACUUGACCUGUGUUGUUCAGAUAGCGGGGAUGCUUUUGAGAUUUACAAAAUUCAGAAUCUGCGCAAAUCAGGAAAAGAAUUAGAUGAGAUAUACAAUAUGCGCUCAAGACCAUAUCCACGUAGAUUUGUCUUGCCCCUGAUGAUGGAUCAUAACACGCCAUUUGCUCAGAAUCUGAACACACUGACUUACAGCUCUGCUACUGCUAUAAAGAAAGAAGAAAAUAAGGUGUUCUGCACUCAUGAAAAUUUGCAUGACAAUGAUUUGUUAGAAGUGGGUGGUUUAGAAUUUCCACAAAUCAACUAUGCACGGUUCAAUACCAAGAAGUACCGUUAUUUCUAUGGAUGUGGUUUCUUACACGUAUUUGGUGACUCCCUGAUUAAAAUGGAUCUGGAAACCAAAAAAUUCAAGAUCUGGAGACAAAUUGGAUUUUUCCCCUCUGAGCCAGUUUUCCUUCCUGUCCCAAAUAGCACAGAAGAAGACGACGGGAUCAUCUUGUCUGCUGUACUGACACCUGAUCUGGCAAAGAGCAAUUUUCUGCUUGUCUUGGAUGCAAAAACCUUCAAAGAGAUUGGAAGAGCAGAAAUACCUGUACAGAUGCCUUAUGGUUUCCAUGGAGUAUUUGCAGCCAGUAUAUAACUGGAAAAACAGAACCUUCCCGAACAUAAUCUGGAACCUCCAUGCAUUAGCAUUACACAUUUUUGCACUGUUUUAUAUUUUAUCAAAUUGUAUGUGUCUUUUCUUCAGAACAUCUCUGAAUCAGUCAUACAACUCUAAGAAGUGAGUACAAUAUCUGAUAUGCUUCCCUAGAUAGAUUUAAUUCAUUCAUUUACUGAACCUGCUUAUUCUGCUUCAUGGUUGCAGUGUGCCAGAACAUACUGUAUCUUGGCAUUGUGCACUAAGCAUAAUCGAGGUGGAAAAUAACAAAAUACAAUUGCUUCAUUACUGUACUUAUGACUUUUUUCACAUAUUUGCACUUUAAUUAAAUAGAUAUAGUUUUGGGUACUUUUGACUUUUACCCCACUGUAUUUACAGCAAAUAUCUCCACUUUCUACUCUACUACAUUUCUAUAAAUGUAGAUGCAUUACAUUUUAAAGUGGCAUGAAUGGUUAAUUCUUUCUGAAUGACUCUUUUUAGUGAAUCAUGGGAACUGAUUUGCAAGCACGAACAAAUCGAUACUGACAUCUACAGGAGUGCUAACAAAUUUAGAGCAAUGUUUCUUAAACACGCCUGUGAUGGGUCUUCACAUAAUUAUGUGGUAAAAGUUUUUCCAAGUUAAAAUUCUGUAUUGAGAGAUAAACUUUCCAUGAUUUAUUGUACUAUUUGCAUCAUGCGGUAUGUGAGUCAGUAGAAUUAAACAUUUCAAACCGGACUGUUCACUGAAUUGUUCAGCAAGUUUUAUCCUAGCAGCUGUGUAAAGUACACAUAGUGUAGUCUAUAUAUUUGUUGGUAUAAUUUAGCUUUUUUCAGGGUUUUGUUGAACUGUUAAAUGUAAACCAGAGUAUUUUAAACUAUUUGUGAACUCAUCUGGAAAAUGUAUUAUUAAUAAUGGAGUGAAUUUGAAAAACAUUGUUUUAAUGUUUAAGACAAGGUAAAUAAGCUGCACUGAUUAAUUACAUUUUUAACUACUUUAUUCCUUAACUAGUGUCAUGAGUCAUGUGACAAAGUUCUUUCUCUCAGCCUAACUAAAGCUUAAACUAAACUUUUUUACUGGCAGUGAUACACCACAGAAAUCUAUUCUUGUUUUGAAUGAUAGUAACUUAAGGUUCAAGCCCCAGGUGCUCUCUGUGUGGAGUUUGUUUUCCUCCUAUCCAUGUGAGUUUCCUCCUGGUGCUCCAGUUUCCUCCCACACUCCUAGUGUGUGUGCAUGGGUGUGUGGUGAGUGCGCUUACCCUGUUAAGAGAUGACAUCCUGUCCAGAAAACGUUCUUGCCAUUCACCCUAUGGGUAUUUAAACGACCUACCACCAUAGGCGGAAAAACAGAAAAUGUAGAAUCAGCAAAAUUGUUACAGGAGGACUUGAACAGCAUACAAUUUUAAUGUUAAUAAAUAUAAGGUAUUGCAUUUAAGAAGUAGAAAGUUUAGAUUUCAAAACACAAUGGGAGGGUCUGAAACUUGAAAAAAUACCUAAUGAGAAGGAUCUGCAAGCCAUAGUGGAAUCAUCUCUAUCUACAUCAAGACAGUGUACACAAGCAAUGGAGAAGGCUAAUAGGAUAUUAGGUUACAUAUGAUGUAUUGCGCACAAGUCAUUUGAGGUUAUGCUUAAGUUAUAUAAUGCACUAGAGGGGCCUUACCUGUUCAGUUUCCAUCUCCAUGUUAAAACUAAAACACAGCAAUGCUAGAGAAAGUCCAAAGAAGAGCAAUUAGGCUGAUGCUGGAGCUAAGAGGUAUGAGCUAUGAGGAGAGACUGAAGGAGUUGAUCAUUUGAUGUUUCCGGUAAUGGAAAUUCAGAAAUGACACAAGCAAAGUAUUUUAAAUUAUGAAAUGAAUAAGUACAAUGGAUCCAAGCUAUUACAUUAAAAUACAUUCUGCAACAAGAACUUGAGGACACAGUUGAAAAUGUGUUAAAAGCAAAUUUCUCACAAUGGCAUAAAUUACCAAUUAGGACUUUAGGGACUUUCAGAUCUCAACUUUAUGAUAUUUUUGAUAAUCUAGUUGAAAUGGACAGACAAGCUGGUUGGGCUGAAUGUGCUCCUCUUGUCACAAUUGUUGUAAUGUUCUAAUGGUCAAUAUAUAGGCAUUAAAUAUGUAUGAUAGGCAAUUCAUGCUCAACGCAAUUAUUUUAUUUCCCAGUAUGCAUACUCAUAACCUUAUAAUGGGUGUAGAUUUUAAUUGUGUAUUAAGUCCAGACUUGGAAUUGAAACUGUUAAAUCUACAACUGGUGGUAAUUAUACAGUUUAUUAAGGAUCAAAAUCUCCCUGACCCAUGGAGAUUUCUGUAUCCAAAUUAACAUUAUAUUCUUUGUUUUUGUCAGUACAUUAUAGGUACACAAAAUGGAUUAAUUUUUUUAUUGAUCACAACUUAGCACCUAUUAAAUCAUGGAACUACAAAACAAUUGUUAUCUCCAACAAUUCUCUUAUUUUGUACUUCAGAUAAUUAUAGCCUAUAAAUCCAAUUUACAAUUGCUGACUUAAUCCAUUAGUGCUAGUUUAUAAGGUCUACAUGAAAUUCAUUUCCACACAAGUUCAUAUUUUCUUAAAGAACAAUUUUACCAGAUCAUUAAAGCUGAUGUUAUUAGAGCUUACCAGGAAUAUUCUAGGUCACCAAAUGAUGUACUCUAGAAGAAAAGGUUGCCACUACAAUUGGAAUUUAAUCUUCUGACUACAAAAUAAACAGAACAUCUUAUCCUUAAGUCAUAUCAUGAUCUUAUGGGAAUAAUGGAAAAAAAUUUAAAUUGCAGCAAUGGAAUGGAAUUCGGCCAUUCAUAAAAUACACAAUAGUUCAAUGCGCACUAAGCACACCAUAAUUAAACUAAAAUUUGUUCAUCAAUCACAUAUAUCACAUCUAAAAUAGUCUAAAAUGUGUCCAGGGCAAGAUCCAAGAUUUAAGUGAUGUCAUCACCUGCCUGUAUUGCUAGGCCACGUAUUUGGAAUCUUCUACACUUGAACCAUUUUGGUCAAAAAUGUUUGUACAUAUCUCGUAUAGCCUUGGAUUUAAAAAUCACUCCUAAUGCCUUAACAGUAGUAAUACCUCAUGAGAUUAAACUGUGCUAUGAAGAACUUGGGGGCAAUAUCCUAUAUCACACCACCUUCAGAUUUACUCUGGUCAACUAGAGAAGCACUGUUACACACCCUGUAGACCUCAGUGGCAAAGAGAAGUCCUAUAUUAUCUUAGGUUUGAGGGAAAAAAAAAACUAAUUUUAUGAAUGAGGAUCCAGUGCUAAAAUUUUCAGCCUUCGAAAGAACUCAUUUAUGUAAUUCUAAGGUGAGCGUGCCGUACCUUUGCUGAACCUUAUCAUUUUGUUUGCUGUUUCAUCCUACAUAAAUUACCAUUUUACUCAGGGCUCUGUAGUCAUGAAUUGUCUUUGAAGCCUACUGUUGUACUUGCCAUGCUGUUUUCAUAUGCUUGCUUGGGUAAGGCUUUGUUAUUGUAUUCAGUUACCUAAAUAAAAGGCUGAUAAUAAAGAGAGAGACAUCAUUUGGAUGUGGAUAGAAACCUGAGUUCCUGGAAGAAACCUGAGCAGGUGUUGGAGGAGUGUGAGAACUUCACAAUGACAAUGCUGAUUUAGAACUUAGCUCUCUAAUGAUGUGAGGCAACAGUGCUAAAAAUUGUCUCCCCAUGUCACCUUUCUUCAUUGAUGUUUGGAUUUAUUUUCAGUUUUGACGAUGAUGAAAUUUUACAUUUUCAAAUGUUGCUUAAUAGUUUGAAGGUAAUAGAAAAAAACAUUAGUUUGGAAGAUUUUGCUUAAGGAAGGGGCGCCACAUUGGCACAGUGGUAUCGCUGCUGCCUCGCAGUAAGGAGACCUGGAUUCACUUCCCGGGUCCUCCCUGUGUGGAGUUUGC